AUGAUGGACCAAGAACGCCAAGACAGGGAGGGAACUGUCAGCCAGUACCUCUUUCGGUCUUACAAGAAGUCUCAUCCUCCAUCACCACCAACCCCUCCUAGUGAAGAAGAGCAACAUGCUUGGAACCGAGCAGGAGCAUUUCCAAGUGGAGAGAGUCUGGAUCAUGUAUUCGCGGACGACUCCUACACAGACGAGUCAUCAUAUGAACAGCAAAGGGGCUACAGAAAUCACCUUGGUCAUCGAUUGGACGUUGUAAAGGAAGAGUCAUCGAAAACGUCUGCCGAGGCGCAAGCCUCACAAUCUUCAGGCGGUCAGCACACUGCAUACAACAGAAUCCAGGUGGAACAUCAACAGACACCAAUGCCACAACUUCCAGUUGAUUCAAAGACCAACGGGACAAGCAGCAGUGGUGUAAGUGAUCUGACCUUCCCUUACACUCUCUACAAUAACCUUGCCAAAGCCAGAGAUGACAGAAAUUACAGUCCAAGUCGGUUGACACAUGCUGGUCCUCCGGCCGUGCGACGAGCCAAACACCCUGGCACUCCAGAUAUGGAAGUAGCCUCGAGUCCAUCCUUUGGAAGAAAGCAAGUCCGUCCUAUGCCGUCGAUGGAUCCUGGCAAGGAUGAUACAUCAAUUUUUGGAUCUGUCACUUCAAGCAAGCUACGGAAAAUGAACCAAAGAGGAACUCGAAAAAGUUAUGCCAUUACUCAUUCCUCCAACAACCCUGCAACAAUGCUGAAGAACUUUUUCGUGGCACUGGAGCAAAAUCGACUGAUGCACAAACUUACAGCGGAGCAUAUGAGAGUGAUCGACACUUGGUUCUUGUUUGCGCCCUCCAUCACUCUUACUCUCAUGACAGGCAUGGUCAUUUUUGUUUUUGAGACAACUCUAAAAGUCGAGACCGAUGGCCGCGUCUAUGCUGCUAUCAUUGCAGGAAUAACUGCAUUUAUCUCAGUCUUCUGGCAAGCAUUGAGCCGACAACUCGACCUGGGUACACAGGGAGCGUUACACGAGGCGGCAGCUGGGAUGCUUCAGAAACUGUCUGCCGACAUACUUUUCACCAUCUCGUCCACAACGUCGGAUGAUGGCAUAUCCGCACAUUAUGUAGCUUUGGUGGCUGAGAAAUAUGAUCAAGCCAUGGCCAUGAGUCCUGCAACGAUACCCUACGUUCUCGAGUCUGCCUUUGCCGCCGUCUCACAUAGUCUCCAUCUGAUGCUAAAUCCACCUGUCGGAAAGAAAUCCAAGAGGAAGAAGCGGCUUCAGAAUGUCGAUCUUAUCCAACUCUAUGCCAAAGCUUAUGAUGAGCUAGCAGCAGAGAUUCUCCAUCACUGGGCAUGGCCUCUAGCAUUUCCACACCCGCGAAGAGCGAGUGAACGAGCCAUCCGUAGUUUCACCCUCAUGAUUACCGAAGGCCGAAGACGCAAUCGGGGAUGGUUUUCACAUUUCCGUCCAUUAAAGAAGUCAAACAAGGGUCUCUUUGAUGUUUUCCCUACGUCUUCGUCUGUUUCUGCUGGAGACCAAGAUAGUGUGAGUGUCUAUCAUACUCCCCAAAGAAAACCUUUGAUUCAAAAGCAAUCACCAUACCAGGACGAAGUCUGA